AAAGCCGUUAAUGACAGGUGAAAAAGGAGGUGGUGAUGAUAAAGAUGGUUAUGAAAUGGUUGCCAUUGCAGAGAAUGAUAACACAUUAGAAUCCUUUAAAGAAGAGACAGAUACUCAUAACCUUAGUGUGGUCAGUAAUGAUAACUCACUCAUGGAAAUUAGAGAGACUGAUUUCAAAGAUUUUAAAAAACAGAAUUCAUUCAACAUGUUCAGGUCAGCCUCUGGUCAAGAAUUGACAAAAAAGAACUUGGAAACUGGAAGAAGACAAGGAUCCUGGACAAGUUUAGUUAGUCAUGCUCGUAGAAUGUCAGAACCCACAAUGACAAUAGAGCUUCAGGAAGAAAAAGUCCAACCUCCUUCGGCUAAAUAUGAAGAAAAUUACCCUGAUAAUGAUUGGUAUUAUGUCGAGGAUCAAUCAGAUUUUACUUUCCCAAAUCCUCCAGAAGAAUCGCAACUUAAUAAGAUCUUCAAUUCAGUUGAGAAGGAGGAACGAUUUUAUGAAAACUAUAUGAGAAAUAAUACAGGCAAAGCGGCCACAGUGGAUGGUAUGUGGCAUGAGGAUAGUCCAGCGCCGCGGUAUGAAGACAAGGUGAUAACUGAACGCAACAAUAACAAGAUUGACUUUAACAUCAGUUUUGAAAAUAUUCAGCAACAGAGUAAUCGUAGGUUACCAUCAGUUGACGACUCAUCCAAAUAUGCGGUGAAACUGUCAGAAAGUUAUCACAAACCGGGACAUGAAAUGACAAAAACAUAUGAACUGAAGAACUUCCUUGACAAGUUUAGCACUCAACCCAGUACAGAGAAUUUACAGGAUCGUGGACAAAACAGACAACAAUACCAUUGGAGUAACUCACAGGAAGAUCAGUCUAGAAGUAAUGACAAUGUUUUACAAAACGUUUCUAGAAGGUUAUCAUUUGAGGAAAAUGUCAAGCAGAAUGAAAGUGAGGCUAAGGAACAGAAUACACCACAACCUCAAUUCAUUAAAGGCAGCAGAGAGAACAGAUCCAGAGAUGGUCAGACAGAUGAAAUAAAAUCUCAGGAUAUAGAAGUAUCACCACAGAGAAUAGAGGAACAAAAUCCACAUUACGAUGAAGACGAUGAUGGUCAAAUACGUAUGGUUCAUCGUAAAACUUUUUUGUCCCCACAAAAAAGAUUAGUACGUGGUUCACCGGGUGGUAUAUCUAACCAAAGCCGUGGUACAACAGGUCACAUGUCCAUCCAAAGUCCUCAGACACCAGGUAACAUGUCCAGCCAAAGUCAUGGUACACCAGGUCAUAUGUCUGGCCAAAGCCAAAGUACACCAGAUCAUAUGUCCAGCCAAAGUCCAGUUACACCAGGUCACAUGUCCAGCCAGAGUCCUCAGACAUCAGGUCACAUAUACAGCCUAAGUCAUGGUACACCAGAUCACAUGUCUAGUCAAAGUAGUGGGACUCCAGGUCACAUGUCUGGCCAAAGUCCUCAGAAACCAGGUUACAUAUCUAGUCAAAACCCUAGUACACCAUCCAACCUGUCUAGCCAAAGCCAUGGGACACCAGGUUACAUAUCCAGCCAAAGUCCCCAGACACCAUCUAACAUAUCUAGCCAAAGUCAUGGGACACCAGGUUAUAUAUCUAGCCGAAGACGUGUUACACCAUCUAACGUGUCUAGCCAAAGCCAUGGGACCCCAGAUCCAAUGUCCAGUCGAAGUCCUCAGACACCAGGUUAUGUAACUAACCAAAGCCAUGGUACAACAGAUCAAAUAUCUAACCAAAGCCGUGGUACACCAGAUCAAAUAUCUAACCAAAUCCGUGGUACACCAGAUCAAAUAUCUAACCAAAUCCGUGGUACACCAGAUCAAAUAUCUACACAAAGCCGUGGUACACCAGAUCAAAUAUCUAACCAAAGCCGUGGUACACCAGAUCAAAUAUCUACACAAAGCCGUGGAACCCCAGAUCAAAUAUCUAACCAAAGUCCUCACACAACAAGUUUCAUGAACAACCAAAUUCGUAGAGUACCAAUUAACAUGACAAAUCAAACUCCUGCAAUACCAGGUCACAUAUCUAGCCAAAGUUAUAGUUCACCAGGUCGCAUGUCUAGCCAAACUCCUGCAACACCUGAUAACAUGUCUGGUCAAAGACCUAUUACACUAGGUCAGAUAAUCAGCCAACGUUCUGCCACACCAGAUUACAUGUCUGGCCAAAGUCCUGUUACACCAGGGCAGAUGUCAAGCCAAAGUCCUGUAAGUCUAAGUCACAUGUCUGGCCAAAGUCCUGUUACACCAGGGCAGAUGUCAAGCCAAAGUCCUGUAAGUCUAAGUCACAUGUUUGGCCAAAGUCCUGUAACACUAGGUCCGAUAACUAGAUACAGUAAUAGCACACUAGAUGACAUUAAUAAUCAAAGCCAUGAAACACGUGGUUGGAUGGCUGAUAGUGCACCAAUUCACUUGAAUAAUCAAAGCCAAAGUGAACCAAGUCAAAUGACUGACCAAAGCCUUGGUUUAACAAGUAUGAGAACAAUCCAAAACCAUGGUACACCAGGCAGCAGUAAAAACAAAGGGAUGACAGAUGCUUUUCAGUUUGGAGAAUAUUCUGAUGACAUGGUGUAUAGGUCCCCAAACAAAAAUAGAGCAAAUCAGAGACAAGAGUUAGAACCUAUAGAGAUUGAAGUUGAGAUGUCAAAGAAAUAUAGGAACAAUGUUAAGGCUGGAGAUACACCAGGAUUACCGCCAAUGUAUUUAACAUCAACACCAAACAAACAAACAACAGAGCAUUAUGAACAUGUGUUGUCUGAGGAGGGAGAUGUUCUUUUCCAUCAAAGAGAGGCAUAUGAUACAGCUAACAAGUCAAACAAUGAAAGAAAUGAGUUCUUGAAGGAGAUUCAUGAUGAUAUAUUUCAGUGUAUCAUUCAGACAAAUGAUUCUGGUAAAAUGGACAUCAAUGCUGGGAGAUUGGAUGAUGAUGUCAGCAAUUGUCAGACAGGGCACCAGUUGUCACCUAUUAGUGAAGAGAGUACAGAACAAAGACAUUCAGGAGAGUUUGUGCAGACAUUAUCUGGGCAGCAUUCAGAAGAGUUUAUAGUCCCAAGAAUUGUUAUAGACGAAGAAGAGAAUGAAAUAAGACUAGACCAGUUGUCAAACCAAGGCAAUGACAUGGACUCAACACUUCAAUACAAUAGCAGUAGAUCAAAUCAAGCCUCUGCAUCAGAAAGUGGAACAUCUUCAGUGUCAGAAAAUCUAGACUCUCUACACUCACAUCUCCAAACUCCAGAACAAUAACUGAAUUUCUGUUACAAAUAAUGUCUGCCCUUGAAAGUAGAAAGUUAAGACACCAUCAGCAUCCAGGUCACAAAAGCUUAUGUUUUCAAGUACAAUAUGAAAAUAUUCCCUCCUCUGAAGAAGAGAGCAUUACAUAAAAAAUGAGUAUAUCAUAGUAUAAAACAUUAUCACUAUUAGUGCUCUAGGGUUUACUUUAGUCCUCACUAGUCAUUGAAGAUUGAACAAUCUGAAUCUAUAAGUUGAAAAUUUAAAUAAUGAAUCAACAAAUUAAGAGUUCAUUUUAUAUCUUUUUCUAUCACUGGUAUCACAAUGGUAUUUGUCCUUUAAUUUUGUUAUAUUUGUGCUCCAUACAAUCCUACAGUGGUCCUGUCAGUGAUUCUUACAUUUCCAUCCAUAUUGACAAGAAGUCCCAAGAUAAUUUUACACAAAGCAAAAUGCAAAUUCAUCCACAAAUGAAUGGAACAAAUUUUGAAAUCUUUUUCUCUGAAAUAAAAUAAGAAUUUGUUCAAUGGUCCUUUGACUGUCUGAUUUGUAAUAUGUUGGAUUAACCUCCAUCUGUACCUCCAAAAAUUUAAUUGUUUAUUUGUAAAAUGAAAAGUUUUGUUAUUAAUUUUGUGUUGUUAUGCCAUUGGUGUUUAAUAUACAGCUCCUUUAAGUUUAUUAAUGAAAAAUAUGUCUUAUAAAUUGCAUAAAUUGUGGAAGGAAACAUUACAGACAUGCACUCAAUGAUCUUUCCCCACAUUCAUGAUGGCCUUAAAGAGGAAGGAAUUUUCAUGAUGAUAAAGAUUUAGAGUUUAGUUUUUGAGAUUCCCAAUUUACAUGUCAAAGUCACAUAUAUCUUUUUAGGAAGAAUUGAAUGAAAAUUUUAAAUUCAAUUGUAAAACAGCAAAACUGAUAGUUCAUACUUUAAUGUAUAAAUGCAGUGUACUUUUAAAUUUGAUGUAGUUUUUUAAACAUCUCAUGUAUAUUUGUUGUAACUGUAAAAUUUAUUAUGUUUGUUAGUUUUAUCUAUUAAAUAUGUUAAUAAAUUUUAAUUGAUCUUC